UUAAAUCAGUAGUAUUGGCGAUUUUAUACGCGAACAAUUAUUUUUUCGUUUCUCAUCGACGACCUUAUGUGUCGUCAUAGAUAACUUCCUACUUUAUCGGACAAACUGUCAAUCUUAAUAAACAUGUUCAGCUACAGUGUUAAAUCCAUUUUAAUUUCCAUGAUAUUUGUUUUAACGUUCGAAAAUGUUAUCACGUUGGUAAAUUCGUAUGUUUUACCUGAACCAACAUUCAAAAUUUUACAACCACAAGGAAUUCAAAUUUCAAUACCUGAUGAACCAGGAAUACAGUUCUUUGCGUUUCAAGGAAAUAUAAAUAAACGAAUUCAAGUUACUCAGUCAGGACAAAUAUCUGGUGAAGUAUUUAGAAAAAAUGAUGGAAAAUGGACGAUUGAGGAUGAAGAUAUAAGUUUAAGAGAUGGAGAUGUUAUACAUUACUGGAUUCACGUGUUAGUUAAUGGGACUCCUUACCAAAAAGGAAAUAUAAAAUGGACAGUUACAUCAGAAACACAAGAAAGUCCCAGCACAGAAAAACCCAACGAUUCAUCUAGCACACUAUUGUUUGAGGAUAACUUUGAUUCUCUAAAUACAUCCAUUUGGAGUCACGAUGUUAAAAUGCCGUUGAGCCCUGACUAUGAAUUCUGUGUAUAUCACAAUGAUCAACACGACUUUUUAACCGUAAUUGAAGAUGGAGUAUUACGAAUAAAACCAGUGGUUUUGGAAGAUCUUUAUGGUGAAAAUGCAACGGCAUUUGGAACGCUACAACUUAGCGGUUGUACGAGUAUCUUUCCAAAGGAGUGUAUGCGACAAGCCGUAGCAUUUAAUAUUUUACCGCCACUUAUAUCUGCCAGAUUAACAACAAAGAACAGUUUUUAUUUCCGAUACGGCAAAAUUGAGAUACGAGCAAAAUUUCCUGAGGGCGACUGGCUAUAUCCAGAAAUGUGGCUGGAGCCAAAAUACAACAACUAUGGCCCCGGAUAUUCCAGUGGACGCGUUAUUCUCGGCCUUGCACGUGGAAAUGAUAAUUUAAUAAACGUCGCUAAUAAUGACGUUUUUGAUUCAAGAAGAUUAGACUUAGGAAUUAUGGCAGGAACUACAAAUCACAUUGCUAAGCACAUGAUUUCGAAAAUAAGGGAGGAUGGUGAAAGAUGGACGAAAGAGUUUCAUGUUUAUACAACCAUUUGGAAUAAUGAUGGGUUUCAGUUUCUGGUAGACGGUGAAAAUGUUGGUACACUAAGUCCUGGAAUGAAUGGAUGGGAGCAAGUUAAUGAUGUUAACAAAAUUGCUCCAUUUGAUCAAGAGUUUUAUAUAAGUAUUGGCGUUGGUGUUGGUGGUAUUCGAUUUUUUCCUGAUGGAACAACUAAUGCAGGAAAUGCAAAACCAUGGUCCAAUAGCGCGGCGAAGGCAAUGCUACAAUUUUGGCGUGCAAGAAAUCAAUGGUUGCCGAGUUUGAAGCGAGAAAAUGGUAAAAUGGCUACCUUCCAGAUUGAUUAUAUUCGUGUCUGGUCGUCCUAAAAAUUGUAUUUAUAUAAAUGGAAAUGUUAGAAUCAAUAAAUGAAUAAUGAAAUAA